GCGUCUUUAUUUGGCGCUGCCGGAAGCCGCCUGCUGCUGCUGCUGCUGCUGCUGUGCAUCUCCUUCUCUCUCUCUCUCUCUCUCUGCCUUUUGCUCCCUCCAGCCCACGUUGAGCAGGGCGGGGGGCGGCGAGGAAGGGCGGGGGGAGCCAGCCAGCCAGCCAGCCGGCGGCGGCUCCGGAUUUUCGCGGCGGACCAGGGAGUCCCCCCCGGCUCAUCCAAACGGUUUUUCAGAAUGGCCGAGGCACAGGCUUUGAUGGAGAGGUUGGAAAAUGCUGUCGUUAAGCUUGAGGCAUUGUUGUCAAAUUCACACAAAGUCGCUGGAAUGGAAUGUGGAACUGUCAAUGGAGUUGAUGCAGGUGUAGCACCAUUCGUUGAGGCUUUUGACAGAAUCCUGAAUGGCAGCGUGGCUGAGUUUCUAAGGAACAGUAAGAUCCUUGACGGGGAUGUGAAGCUACACGCAGAAAUGGUUCGUGCAGCUUUUCAAGCACAAAGAGCAUUUCUCUUGGUAACCUCACAGUAUCAAGAACCUCAGGAGAGUGAAGUGUCCAUUCUUCUAAAGCCAAUAUCGGAUAAGAUUCAGGAAAUUCAAACGUUCCGAGAGAGGAACCGCGGAAGUAAAAUGUUUAAUCAUCUGUCUGCUGUUAGUGAAAGUGUACCAGCUCUCGGGUGGAUAACAGUGGCUCCUAAACCAGGGCCAUAUGUCAAGGAGAUGAAUGAUGCUGCUACCUUUUAUACUAACAGGGUGUUAAAAGACUACAAACACAGUGACUUGCGUCAUGUUGAUUGGGUGAAGUCGUACUUGAAUAUCUGGACAGAGCUUCAAGCAUACAUCAAAGAAUAUCACACCACUGGGCUUACCUGGAGUAGUACUGGCCCACUUGCCUCAGCAGCCUCUCUGCUAUCUACCCGAGUAAGCAGCCAAGGUCCUCCUCCUCCACCCCCUCCUCCACCCCCUCCUCCUCCACCACCGGGGCCGCCUCCUGUCUUUGACACUGAAAAGGCAAAAGAUGAUACCACCACAACUCGCUCAGCCCUGUUUGCCCAGUUGAACCAAGGAGAAGCAAUCACUAAAGGACUUCGCCAUGUCUCUGACGACCAGAAGACUCAUAAAAAUCCCAGGCUUCGCGCCCAAGGAACACAAGUUCGCUCUCCGACAAGAAACCAUACUUCAAAUCCAGCUGCUCCCAAUACACCUCCUCAACAGAGUCACUGUCCUGUGCUAGAACUUGAGGGAAAGAAGUGGAGAGUGGAAUAUCAGGAAAACAAGAAUGACCUUUUAAUUACUGACACCGAACUCAAGCAAGUUGCUUAUAUUUUCAAGUGUGACAAAUCUACAUUACAGAUAAAAGGAAAAGUUAAUUCCAUUAUAAUUGACAACUGCAAAAAGUUUGGCCUUGUGUUCGACAACGUUGUGGGUAUUGUUGAAGUGAUCAAUUCCAAGGAUAUUCAGAUACAGGUACUAGGGAAAGUGCCAACCAUUUCAAUUAAUAAGACUGAAGGCUGCCAUAUAUACCUCAGUGAAGAAUCACUAGACUGUGAGAUUGUAAGUGCUAAGUCCUCUGAAAUGAACAUCCUGAUCCCUCAAGACGGUGAUUAUAAAGAAUUUCCCGUUCCUGAACAGUUCAAAACGUCGUGGGAUGGAUCCAAGCUGGUUACUGAUCCUACAGAGAUUAUGGGUUAACUUGUUGAUGCCAACCAGAAAUCAUAGACAACAAUCUCCAAAGAACUUCAGCCUGAAGAAACAGCAGCAUAAAGAACCUGAAGUAGCACUAGUUUAUACUACAAUUAUAGGCCUUCAAUAGGUUACUUUUGUGGGCCCGAAGCUAUAGGCUGUGUUAAACACACUGCUUUUCCUCCAUAGAGAUCUUCUCUGUGUAGGAAAAAAACAUGCACACCAAUAUACACAGUCACGUUUGAGAAUGGCAUUCAUGUUUCUUUUGCCAUGGUUACAGGUGUCUGCUACUCUGUACAGUCCGGCACACUUUUUUGUAGGCAACCUGAUAAUCCUUAAAACAUCCACAGUUUGCCUUUAUUCACAUAUAUGUUCUACAGCGAUGUCAUGAGAACACACACAGAUUUAAAAAAAUGACUCCAUUCAGGCCAUUGGCUGUUUCGCUGCAUACACAAAGCCAAAACUCUGCAUGAUAUACUUCGUCACAUGCUUCAUUGCAUUCCUUUUUAUGCUUCAGCUGGUCAAAAACAACAACUUUAAUAUGGUAAAAUGUUAAUUUUAGGUUGGAAAUCAUUAAUGUACUAUAUAGUGAAGUUAGACCACAGAAAGUCUGUAGUUCUUCAUGCUUUUAAAGAACCCCCCCCCAAAAAAACAAGUGAAAAUAAAAAAAACUAGUAGUUGUAAUUACGCAUCAGAUUAAUCUGUCCCCCUUUUUUUUAAGCAGGUGAGUUUGCAGGUAUCUUUGUUUCCGAUCCCUUUGGUUUGUUUCAUGAAUUCAAAAAAGUUUCUAGAAAACACUGA